AUGAGGGAAUACAAUAAUCAAGAUGUGAAAAUUAAUGAAAAUGAACUUGAUCCAUGUAUUGCUGCAGAAAUUCGUAUGAAGAAAGCAUUAUUUUCACAAAGAACUCGACGUUAUCUAUUGUUUCUUUUCAUUUUCAUUGCUACAGUAAUCCUAUUUUCUGUUUUGCUUUAUUUUCUAUUAUCUCGAACAUCAUCGAAAGGAACAUUGCAACAACAAACGAAUGUAUCAUCAUUAUUAUCUGAAAUUAAUCCGAAAAUUUCUCAUACUUCUCAAAAUUCCCUUAUUGCUUCAUCUUCAACGAUAGUAAUAAAUGAUUCAUUAGCAGGAAUAAUCGAUGAACCAUCACCAAAAGUUAUCGAAAUUGACGAUAACGCAUUUCAUGAAAAUCCUAUGGAUAACAUUGAUUCAAUAUCAAAUUCUUGGUCUACAGCUACGAUAACGGCUACAGUAACAACUACGGUAACAGCUACAGUAGCGGCUUCAGAAAAUAUUGCCAAAACAUCUCAUCUUUUGAUGCAACCUACGAGUAAUACUGGUAUUAACACAACGACAGUAUCACCUUUGAUUAGGAUAGAUAAGCAAACAGGAGAAUCUACCACUCCACCAUCAUUUAUUGAUAAUGAUGAUGAAGAUGACGAUGAUAAGGCUGAGGAUUGCAAAGCAUUGCUUGAUAAAGGUAAAACUGAAAAUGGAAUUUAUCAAUUGUUUUUGCCAAAAAUUGGUAAAUUCAAUGCUCUCUGUGAUAUGAUAACAAAUGGUGGCGGUUGGACAGUAAUACAAAA